UCUGAGUAUCGGGCAACAUCGCAGUCGGCCAUAUUGUGAAUUUUCACUUAUUCGGGACUGUGUGCUGUGAAUUUGCAAAUUUGUUUUCAACGAAGAAACUUGAUUAUUUAGCAAAGGGCUCGCAAGGAUUCCCUGGAUGUUGUAUCCAUUGUGCUUCUGAUAUUUGGAUAAACAGGUUUUAUGGAAGAGAAAAGACAAAGGGGAUAAAUUUGGACGAAUAAGUGCUUAAUGAACAGUGUGUUUUGUUAGUUUAAAACUUGAUCUGUGAAUCCCAGAUAUAGCAAGUUAUAUGUGGUCAUCGAAAUAAUUGAAUCGAAAAAAAAAGCCAUAGGAAAAUCCCGAAACAGAGUGACGAGGAGUUGUGUUAAAAAAAGAGAGUGUUUGUUAAAAUCUCUUUUGAAAAUAAUUCACAUUCUAUAAGUAUUACAAUAUAUAUAUCACAGAAAACUAAAAGAGAAGUGAUCGCUAAAUAAAAACGUCGUCGCGCGCAUUCCUUGGCGAACAAGUGAAUUUUCCCCCAGUUCCACAUACAGCGAACCCCAGAUUAUUGCUAGGAAAAUCAAAACUUCUGCAAGAGACUUUUUUUUCGGGUCUGACAGCUCCGGAAUCGGGAUAUUUGUGAGGAGCAAUAGAAUUUUGUCCAAAGGACUUGCCAAGUGUUCGGGGUAAACAAAGAAAAAAAACAAUAUUAAGUGAAAAUGGCAGCACCUAAUUCACAGCUUGACACACAGCUUUCCACUGCUCCAAAAUAUGGGACACUUAUUCCAAAUAGAAUUUUCGUAGGUGGCAUAAGUGGAGAUACCACAGAAUCAGAAUUAUGUCGAGUAUUUUCUGCCUAUGGAAAUGUCAAAUCUACGAAAAUAAUUGUGGAUCGUGCAGGUGUUAGCAAAGGUUACGGUUUUGUGACUUUUGAAACAGAACAAGAAGCGCAGCGGCUACAGAGUGAUGGUGAAUGUGUUGUGUUGCGUGAUCGCAAACUGAACAUAGCUCCUGCUAUAAAGAAGCAAUCUGUGUGCACAACAAAUGGAGCUAUUUAUUAUGCAGCUACACCACCAACUCCUAUGAGCAAUAUGCCUAUUGAUCAAUUUGCCGCUGUGUACCCUCCAGGUGUGCCAACUUUAUAUCCGCCAUCGAUGCCGUACCAACCAUUUUAUCAAUAUUACAGUGUGCCAAUGCAACGCUAAAAGUAGAUGAUAUCGUAAUUGGACGAUGAACACACUUGAUUUCUUCUCCCAAAGACUUAAAUGGAAUAUUUUGGCGGAUUUUUCUGACAGAGUAUUUAAAUUGCAUUUUUUUACAAACACAUUUUAUUCAUUUUAUUUCAUAUUUUUUAUUAUAUACUGCACUGUAUAUAGUGUUGUUUUUAAUUGGCCGAUUAAAAUUGGUUUUUUUUGAUAGCCUGACAAAAACAGCUUAAGGUUUUGGUUAUUACUGUAAUACCAAAGAAUAUUUGCUUCUAAAAACCAUCUCUCAUGUCGGGAAUUUACUAAUUUUGUAAUUCAUUGGGUUUUUUGCCUUUUUUUGUAUUUUCUAAAAAUACUUGACGUAAUUUUUUCUUUAUAUAUUUGCCAAAAAUUCUUCGAGAAAAGAAGUGUGUGUGCACAGAUGAAUAUUACAAAGUAUGUAUUACAUGUAUUAUUUAGCUUUUUUUUUAAUUCUUUAAUUUGGAAAAUUUUGUAUUCUAUAAAAAUUUGAUAAAAUAUGGGAUACUCUAAUGCAACAUCAGAUGAUUUAUGUAACAGGUAAAACGUGUUUCUUUCAUUUGUAGAUUUAGUAUUAAACUUUUCACAUGGUUCGUUAUUACAGUUUUUUCUGUUUAAAUUUGAAUACAGCAAAAAUAGUAGUAUCUAC